AUGGUAUUAAAAAUAAGAGUAAAGAAAGAAACAAUGAGAGAUUUCUCAUAUCAUCCAUACAAGAUUCAAGCAUUAGAAAAGAAAGAUAAAUUAAGAAAAUUCUUGAACGAUCAACUUUCAAAAGAUAAAAUUGAACAUCUUGAUCAAAUAGCAAAGAAGAUUGAUUUUGAUGACCAUGACUUUGGUGAUUUUGAAGAAAUAGAUCCGAAAGAAUUGUAA